GACAGCAAGAUACUAUGGUGAUAUAGACACUAUAACAGAUCCACUUUCGUGUCACAGCAUAGCCUGGCUUUGAGCGCAACAUACCUCGCUAACCCACUAAUCGAGAUUCGUAGUAUACCCCACAGGUGAGCCUUUUAGUGCCAGCAUGGAUAUCCUGGAGGGACUUCUUCAGAUCCCUGGCACAUCCUCUGCUCUGGUUGCUGUGUUCUUGUUGCUGUUUGUCUAUCUUCACUUCUCUAGCGGAAGCAACGCGGGGAAAGGAGAGAAACCUCCUGGACCCAAACCGCUGCCAAUAUUUGGCAACCUGCUGCUGCUGAAUCCAAAGAAGCCCUAUGAGUCACUUUGUGAGCUCUCCAAGAAGUAUGGAUCUGUCUUUACCAUUCACCUUGGCCCUAAGAAAGUGAUUGUCUUAGCAGGAUACAAGACUGUUAAGCAAGCACUUGUGAACCAUGCAGAGGAGUUUGGGGACAGAGAUAUCACCCCUAUAUUUUAUGAUCUCAACAGAGGCCAUGGUAUCUUGUUCUCUAAUGGGGAGAACUGGAAAGAGAUGAGACGUUUUGCCCUCUCAAACUUGCGUGACUUUGGGAUGGGCAAGAGGAGGAGUGAGGAGAAGAUUAAAGAAGAGGCUCGACACCUGAUAGAAGUAUUUGAAAAAUUGCAGGGUGCAGCAUUUGACACAGCCCAGCCAGUGAACUAUGCUGUCUCCAAUAUCAUCUCUGGUAUUGUGUACGGUAGCAGAUUUGAGUAUGACGAUCCCAAGUUUAAAGCUAUGGUGGACCGAGCCAAUGAGAACGUUCGGCUUGUGGGCUCCCCAUCUGUACAGCUCUACAACUUAUUUCCGUGGUUAAAACCGUGGCUGAAGGAUGUCGUGCAUGUCAUGAAGAAUGUUGGUGAGAAUAUUAAGGAGAUGCAGGGCUAUAUCAGAAACCUGCAGGACACUCUAAACCCACAGGACAGCCGUGGCUUUGUCGACUCUUUCCUCAUACGCCAGCAAAAUACUGAGAAAUCAGGCCAAAACGACUACCUCUUCCACGAUGAGAACCUGGUCAUCUGUUCGGCAAACCUGUUCGGAGCUGGCACGGACACCACAGGAACCACUCUGCGCUGGGGGCUGCUGCUCAUGGCCAAGUACCCCCACAUACAGGCCCGAGUCCAGGAGGAGCUUGACCGGGUGAUUGGCGGCCGGCAGCCAAUGGUGGAAGACAGGAAGAGCCUGCCCUACACGGACGCUGUAAACCACGAGAUCCAGAGAUACGCCAACAUCGUGCCUUUAAGUCUCCCUCACACCACCAGCUGUGAUGUUCAUUUCCAGGGCUUCUUUAUCAAGAAGGGCACCACUGUGAUUCCUCUGCUCACCUCCGUGUUAAGGGAUGAAUCUGAAUGGGAAAAACCUGACACAUUUCACCCAGAACACUUCCUGGACGACCAGGGCCAGUUUGUUAGGAGAGAUGCUUUCCUUCCAUUUUCUGCAGGUCGCAGGGCGUGUUUGGGCGAGAGUCUGGCCAGGAUGGAACUCUUCCUCUUCUUCACGUCUCUUCUUCAAUGCUUCCGUUUCACUCCUCCUCCCGGCGUCUCCGAGGACGAGCUGGCCCUCACAGCGGUUUUAGGAAUCACCCUCAACCCCUCUCCCCAUAAGCUGUGUGCAGUGACUCGCUGCUGAGUUCUUCAAUCACAUCCACGUGUAAAA